UCAGGAUUGGACGCACUGGCCUCUAGUGCUGGUGUAUGGGCGUUAUUCGCCACUGAGCCAUACAACAAGAAGAAGUAGAUUGACUUCAACUUUCGUGGUUUAGUUUUUUCAUCAAAUAAACUUUAUUUGAAUAAUUACAAUAUAAAUCUUGAAAAAAGAGAUACGAAUAACUGUGACCGGAAACUAGGAAACGAGCAAACUGGCAAAACUCGAUAAUCAGCGUAAAACAAGAAAAGAUACUUCUGGCAAUAAAACUCUCGCUGAGCAACAAAACAGCUGAUUGCCGGCUGGUUCAUUUGCUAACGGUUAUAGUUACAGUGAAUACAAAAAACAACAAAGUAAUUAGGAAUUCACUCACAUGAUCUCGACGAUGUUGUUGCGUGAAUCCUGCAUCAUCGUCAGACAAUAAGAAGUAUGUACGAACAAGCGGCGAGUAACUGGGCCGUCCGUCUGUACUCCUUGUUCGAUCCGACCAAUUUUUUGCCUCUCUUUCCAAAUGUCUGGAACAAACGAGUCCUUGGGAGCUCGCGUUAUCCAGAUGACACAAAAGUGCGGGACACUGACAUACUCGUGGGAUAUCUCAUUCUGUUCUGGAUAAUGCUGUAUCUGUUAUAUGAAAAGUGUCUUAACGUGAGUUUCUUGAUUCGAACGUUAUACUUAAUUUUUAUAAAUAUGCCAAGUUUACAUUUUACGUGUAUUAAAUUUAUGCAGUCGCUGUUCAGGCGUAUGCGCUUUCCCUUGAUACAACGAAGCAGAAUAAUCAAAGCUACAUGGUAUUGUGGCUUCUGUUUUGGUAGUAUAUGUUACAUGAGAUCAUUGGCUACCCAAAUCCUCAGCUUUGCUGCCCACAAGCAGGGUAUGAUGUAUCAAGAACUAGGAGUCGCGUUGCACAAAAGCUUCUACCUUCAUCAAGCGGGGAUUGACAUAUUGUGUCAUGGUGCUUGGAUAAAGGGAUGCGCAAACUUACUCUUUGCAUCGUUCAUCUUGAAUCCAUAUCAGCAAAAUUAUAGGCGGUGCAUGGUUACAGGUAUCUUUCUCAUGUACAAAACUAUCGAUGUCGUGAUGGUUAAUGUCUGUCGGAUUCUGCUAUGCAUUCUUCAAACGAUCCUAAGACCAAUCUGCAAGUUAUUGUUCCUAUUGCACUGCCUGAUCUGGAUAUAUCUGUAUCUGUAUUACGUGCCUGUAUUUAUGCUUUGGUCGGAGGAAGCAAAUUACACAGGAGUGGAACCUGGGUUAUGGCUGUGGUUUGCAAUAGAAUGCUUAGAUUCGGUGUUGCUCAGACUUAUUGGACAUGCGAAAGCUACACAUUGGCUUGAAAUUUGCUUGUUUCCGCCUCCGUCUCAGGAAGCCAUCGAAUUAGCAGGUAUCCAUAAGAGGCAUAGAGAGUCUUUGAAGAAAUCCAAUGAGAGAACAGCAAAAAAAGUUGAACUAUGGCAGACGCUAAUUUGCGCGAUGGCCAUCAAAAAGAAAAUUAAAAGGAUACGCCAAACGAGAAACAACAUAGAUUCCUCGAGUUUAGAUAAUUCAGAAGAAAUGGAAUUGCUUGAAACGCAUGUUGGGGAUGAAAUGCCAGAGAAAGAAUUGGAAGGAAAUUACACAUGAUGACAUGUGUCUUAGAAGAGUAACACAUUUGCAAAUCUUGUUAUUAAAGCUUAACAUGCGAGCCUUUUGGAUGAGACUUGUUUGCCUUUUUACGCUAUAGAGCGAGAGUAGAUUUUAUUAACUCGAUGGUUAAACGUGACAUCAAAUUCAAAUAUGAGCUCUUUCUAGGAAAUUGUUUUAUCGUAUUGGAGCAUAGCAGUUAUAUUUGUAUUUAUUAAUAAUUGUAAAUUGGCUAUGGAAUGAGCAAAGCAUACAGCAUCUCUUGAUAGUGGCAAUAAGAACAGUUAGGAACAAUACGGAAGACUGUUUUGUAUUGUUUUUAUACAAAAGUUAGGUUUACUCAAAGAUACUCUCAUAGAUAUAUACGUUACGUAACACGUUCUUAUAUAUAGAAAAUUCGUCGUUUACACGUUUGUAAUUGAAUGGAAUUAAUGUCUCUUGUCCGAUGGAGUUGGAUUUAUAUCCGAGUAAUGUUACAAUCGAGUGGGAGACAGUCUUCUCGGAACGAGUAUGUGAGAACACUGUUGUAUGUUGUUAACUGCCUUUGUUAAAACAUCGAUACACUCGAAGCACUCGGGUGUUAAGCUAGUCGUGACAUUGGGUGUUUUCCAGCAACGACAUAGUGCGACACAGUGUAUCAUUCUAUCUUUGUUGUUCGCUGGUAUUGAAAGAAGAUAGAAUGAUACACUGUGUCGCACUGUGUCGUUGCUGGAAAACACCCAUUAUAAUGUAAUCAGUGGCGUAGCCAGGGGGGGGGGAGGCUAUAGGAGCUCAAGCCCUCCCAAGACUGGAGUUACUUUUUUCGCACCAAGAUUAAUAACUUAAGUUCUUUUACAGUGUUUAUUAUUACAUGUUCUUUAAUAGUUUAUAUUUCGUUCUACUAUACUAGGUUUUUCAUUUUUUAAAUAUUUAUUUUUGUUCUUCAAUUCUUUGUUAAUGUCAAAUUUAAAUUGGGAUAAGGCUGUGCCUAUAAUAAUGUCUUUGCCUAAAGAUGUUUGUUCUUCUCAAAGAUAUUUAAAAUAAGAUCUUAGUAUUUGACUGUUUAAUUUGUUGUUUGAUGCUUCAAUUAAGUUAGGUACUUAAUGUUAGAUAUGUUGUUCUGUGCUGUGUUAAAAAAUUUUAUAAUUUUUCAAUACAAAAAAUAAACGGUAGUUGUUUCUAUCAAAGAUAGAAGUAUUUUUAGCCCCCCCCCCAAAAAAAAAAAA